CGUCUAGCGAGUUACUAUUUUAGUUAAAAGCUGACGCAUUCGGAAUUUUGUAUGUUUGGAGGCGUUUUGUUUUGUGCAACUUGUGUUCAAAUGGAAAAAAGAAGAACUGUCAUGAGAUGUUUAGAUAAGUAGUCUAUAGCAUCGGGAUGAGAUGUUUAGAUAAGUAGCCUAUAGCAUCUGGGAGCUGAAAUAUUGAUCACCUAUGCAACAAGACAUUUUUUUUGUAUAUACAUUUCCAACCAAAGGACAGCCCUGAGUCUUUGAAUGUGUUUGAGUGGAUGCCUUCAGAAAAUUCACAGGAAGUUUGUGAGAAAUUGGUCCACGAUAAUAACUAUAUGCAUCUAAUUUCCACUUUGUAUGUAAUUAGAAAACUUCAUAAUUACCUUUUGUUAGUUAAAUAGCGGCCUUUUUUUUUUAAUUGAUGAAGUUUUAAAAAGUGUGAUAAUGAGAAAACCAUUACAGUGCUGAAAAAUGAAGUCUUUUCUGAAUGUCUUUGGUUUCACCCUGAUGUUUGGCACUUUUGGAACUAGCUUUGGUGGUGAAAAUAAUAUUGUUGUUACCAUAUCUCCUGAAGAAGACAGCAUUACAAAGAGAGUAAAUGAAGAUCUGAAUUUAGUAUGCAGAGUGACUGAUGAAAAUAUUGCUCAAAUUAGAGAGUACACAUCAAGUGGCUCCACAGAACUGACCUGUAGGUACACGCUUACGUGGACGUUACCUAUCAAACUGGUGUCCAAGAAAGCAAGAAUAAGUUAUUUCCGAGGUUGUAAUGAACUAAUAGUCACAGUACAUCAGCUACAGAAGGAAGAUUCUGGUUUGUACAUUUGUGAAGUUACUGGGGAGAGUGUCAAUGUGAGGCACCCUGUCUCAGUCACUGUUCAGUCAAGAAAGAACACUUGCUUGGGGGCAUUUUUUCCAUGUAAGAACAUAGGGAAGGGAAUGUGCAUUUUUCCCCAGUAUGUGUGUGAUGGAUAUGAGGAUUGUCCUGGUGGAAGUGAUGAAGACCCUGAUUUGUGUGAUCAGAAAAAGUCAGCAGUUUCAUCAAAUGUUCACCAACCUUAUCGAAACCUUAGCUUCCUCCAGUCUACUGUGUACACCAUUGUUAGCUGUGCCAUUGCAUUUAUAUUCAUCACAACUGUUAUGGUGGUUGCUAUCUGUCGCAUUCAUAUGAGAAAAUCUGCUAUGUCCCUCCAUUCCAGGAGGCGCUGCAGCUCUACAAGCAGAAGUGGACUGUGGAGAUCCUGGUUUGGAGAGAGAAGAUCUGCUAAUGGCAACUUACAAAAUCAUGGAAACAACCAGGAAGGUAGAAGCCAUGUGUCAGAUGCAGACCUAGAAGACGCGUCUUCUGAUAUUGAUCACUCACAAGUACCCUUGAAUCCCUACUCAUGUACUUUGUCCUCACAUGGCAGUUUUAUUGUUAGUUACAGUGUGGGAAAUGGUGUCCACUUCAUUCGCCACCUUCCCAAACCUCCACCGUACUCCGAAACACUUAUAACGAGUAGCGGCCCUCCUCCCCCUUACAGCAGUGUGGAAAACAUAAACUGCACAUCAUCAGCAGAGGGCACUUCUUCAACUAAUGCAACUGAAGAAUGUAAUUCUGUCGGAGCUCUAAAGUAGCAAUUUGGUAAUUUGGUCUCUUUGUGGUAGCAGAAAACGUACUAAAUAACUUGUAUAUCAAUGUAACCUGGAAUGGUAAAACCAAAAAAAAUAUAUAUAUGUAGAAAAGCAAUAACUUACAGAUGCUCAAGGUCACUAACAAUCUUGUUAAAAGUGUGUCUGUUGCAUGUGAUAACCUGAGGUGCUCAAGACUUCAAAAAAUGUUGUCCAAAUUUACCUAUAGCAACUUAAUAAUCUAUGCUUCUCAUGACCUUGGAUGUCUUCAAAAUGUACCUGUACUUAAUGAAAGACUGGAAAACAACGAAAUUAAAAUGCAACUGCUUCUGAAGAAUAUUGUGAAUCUCACAAGUUUGAACCUUAAAGCCAGGAACAUCACUCUAAGUGUAAUUUUGUGUUCUGCCAUUUUUAUAUUUUAAAACGUUUAGCUUUUUGUAUAAAAUAAAAUAUUAGAAAUUUCUAACUUCACUUGAUCUUCAUUUAUUGAAAUAUUUCAUUCUCACAGAUAGUCAUGAACAUUAAAAAAAUUCUUUUACAUGUCUCUUUCUAAAGUCAUUUGUUGUUUUUUUUAUUUGUGGGUGAAAUACUCAAAUUUUUUCAAGAAUAUUCUCAUUCAAGGAAGAAGCAUUAUCACUAGAGAACUUCAGUAGGUGCCAAAAUUUUUGUACUAAUGAGGUCAUUGGGUAUUUUUGUCCUUGACAUCUCCAGCUUGACAUUAUUUUUCGUAGUGUGUAAUAUUGAUAAGGACAGUUUUACUUUAUGUUCACAGGUUUUAAGCCUUUAAUUGUUGCCAAGUUCAAUUAACAUUUGUUCGUGAACAACUGUAGUUGAAGCCACUGUAUAUUUUUAGAACAUUAAGGCUUUAUUUACAAAAUAUCACAGUGUCUCUCAUAAAAUCAUUAGUUCUUCAAGUUCUCAUCAUUGGAAAUGUAAAAAAUAAUUAUAAGUAGACAAAUGUUAGAAAUUAUCAUAUACAUUUAACAUGUUGUUCUUGACACUGUAGGUAGAAUGUUUUUCAGUGAUUAUUUCUUAUGUUAAAUAACAAUGUAAGUCCAUACAUAGUAACUAAUAAUUUUACUUUGUGUGAAUCUAUUGCCAACAUUUAAAGAAGCCCAAAGUGUCUUGUGAAUUUGUUAUUGUUGUGUUGAUUGUACAUACAUGUAUGAACUAAUGCUAUUAAAUAUAGUACAAUCCUUGUGUGAAUAUACCUAACACACUUGUUUAUGGAGAUUUUUGUAAGAAGAUUAUUCCCAUGAACAUGUUGCCGUGGGUUUAAUAUCUUACUUGUUAGUUAAGUAAUAUGUAUACAUAUAGUGCAUCCAUCACACAUUAAAGAAGUUGUGGAAAGACGUGUCUUUACGGAAAAUGUUUCUCUAAAGCUGCCAUAAGUUCGGUGUUAUUAUUAUUAAAAUGUAUAGCUGUACCAGUAAAUAUUAUUGCUGAUGGAAUUUCAGGUAAUAAUUAUCUCAACCCCAUCAUCAUGAAGACAUCUUUCCAUGAUUGUGAAAGUGGUUGUGUUUUUAAUAAAGCGAAAAGAAAAAAGGCAGGGUUUUUAGCAAGUAUGGUAUAUUAUUAUUAAUGGUAGUAGUAAAAUGUAUAGCUGAUGGAAUUUCAGGUAAUAAUUAUCUCAACCCCA